ACAGCUGUUGAUACCUCUCUCUGAUACACGUCGGGCCAGCCGAGGAGCAGAAGCCGUAGGAACCUGGGAGAAUCUGCUGGCAGCUCGGCCAACGAGCAUCUAUAUGGAAAAUCUGGACCGACUGGUUUUCUGAUUUCAGCCUGGCACUCACUGCCUGACGUUCAUAUCCCGCUCUUUCGCUCUGUUUCUGCUUCUCGUCUUUCCCGGGUUCUCUCAGGGAGUCAGUGUUGGAAUUUGAACGCAGACAGCAGCAGCAGCAGAGAAAAACAGAGACAUGUGUUUUGCCUCAGCCGCCUACUACUACUGCCUGUUCUCUCCCAUUCACUGACCAAGGAGGAAAUACAAGGUGAAAGUCUGAGCAGCAGCCAUAGUGCGAGCGAGUGAGGUGAAGCAGGCAUGAGUGCGGACAGCCAUCAGGGGGUGGUGACGACCCCUCCCCCGCCCAGUGGAGGAACUAAGGAGCGCUACUUCGACCGGGUCAACGUCAACGACCCGGAGUACAUCAGGGCCAGGAACAUGUCACCUGACCUCCGGCAGGACUUCAAUGUUCUGGAGCAGAAGAAGCGUGUCACCCAGAUCUUACAGAGCCCCGCCUUCAAGGAGGAGUUGGAGAGUCUGAUCCAGGAGCAGCAGCGGAAGGGGAACAACCCCACCGGCCUGCUGGCCCUCAGACAGAUUGCUGACUUCUUCAUGGCCAGCUCAGUGGCUGGCUUCAACACCUCCCCUCUCAGUCUGGGGAUGGUCACUCCGAUCAACGACAUGUAUGGAGUGGAAUCCACCACGAUGGUGAAAGGAGAGAAGCUGACACGCUGUAAACUGGCCAGCCUCUACAGACUGGUGGACCUGUUCAGCUGGGCCCACUUCGCUAAUUCCUACAUCACAGGUCGAGUCAGUAAAGAGCAAGACCACAUCCUCAUCCUCCCCAGAGGACUGUCAUUCGCUGAGGCAUCUGCAUCAAACCUGGUGAAGGUCAACAUCAUCGGGGAUGUGAUCGAACAGGGCUCCACCAACCUGAGGAUCGACCCCUCAGGUUUCAGCCCCCACGCUGCCAUCUACUCCAUGCGUCCAGAUAUCCGCUGCAUCAUACAUGUGCACACACCUGCCACGGCUGCCGUGUCAUCUAUGAAGUGUGGCAUCUUGCCCAUUUCCCAGGAGGCUUUAAUCCUGGGUGAUAUCGCAUAUUACAACUACCAGGGCAGCCUCGACGACCAGGACGAGCGCAGAGAGCUGCAGAAGGCCCUGGGGCCUACGACAAAGGUUUUGGUGCUCAGGAAUCAUGGUGUGGUUGCUCUCGGGGAAACCGUUGAAGAGGCCUUUCACUACAUCUAUAAUGUCCAGUAUGCCUGCGAAAUCCAGGUGAAUGCCAUCUCGUGUGCUGGCAGCGUGGACAACCUCAUAGUGCUGGACCAGAAGAAGUACAAAUCACGAGUGUUUGAUGUCGCCACAGCGGCUGCUGUCAACAUGGCCUCCCAGUACAAGUGGAAAAUUGGCGAGCUGGAGUUUGAGUCUCUGAUGAGGAUGCUGGAUAACCUGGGCUACAGGACAGGUCACGCCUACAGGCACCCCAUCGUGCGAGACAAGCCGAGGCACAAGAGCGAUGUGGAGAUCCCUGCCACGGUCACAGCCUUCAUGUUCGAUGAGGAAGGGGACGGCUGUGCCACGCGGCUGCCCUUCAAGUACCUGCAGCAGCGGCAGCAGAGGGAGAAGACGCGCUGGCUCAACUCGCCCAACAGCUACACCAAGGUCAGCGUGGAGGGCGGAGAGGAGCGCUACAACAGCCGGACAACCACGUGGAUGAAGGCGGACGAGACGGGCACCCCGAUCCGGAUCGAGGACCCCAAUCAGUUUGUCCCUCUCAACACAAACCCCAGUGACGUGCUGGAGAAGAGGAACAAAAUCAGAGAGCAGAACCGUUUUGAUGUGAUGACAUCAGGGCCACGCUCUCAGCACCUUGCAGGCAUCCCUGUUGAUGCACCGCGAAGGCCAUACGUGCCCACAGAGGAGGAGCAGAUGGCUCCCCUGCCUCCCAACCCCUUCAGUGAGCUGUCAGAGAAGGACAUGGCGGAGUACCACAAGAACGUGGAGAGGAGGCAACUGGGUCUCAGCGAUGGAGAACACGAGCUAACCUCCGACGACGGCUCCACUCUCUCUCAGUCUCUGUCUCUCACCCAGUCUCCGCAAAGCACUCCAGCUAAAGAAGAGAACCACACGGGCCUGAUGAACGGCAAAGACAACCAUGAUGACGUGGACGAGGAGCUGUCCAAGCGCGUCAGCCACCUCACCACCAGCGUGGAGAGUGUGGAGAUCACAGUGCGCUCCAGCGAGAAGAUUGAAGAGGCACUGUCCCCUGAGAGCUCGCCCUCCAAGUCACCCAACACCAAGAAGAAGAAGAAGUUCCGCACCCCGUCCUUCCUGAAGAAGAACAAAAAGAAAGAAAAGAUGGAGGCCUGAGAGCAGACAGGGAGGCAGGGUCAAGGCAGUCAGGAAGACGGUCUGCUUAGAGGAAGAAAGAGGGCCGACAGCCACGUUUCUGUUUUCAUGUCUGUUUUUAUUUUGUCUCCAUUUUCAAUGUCCUUUUAUGUUUUGAAUUUUAUUUGAAUUUUUUAACAAAAAGUUUUCUGUGCAAACACCAGGAGAACGGAGUACCAUAAAAAAUAAAUUGGUUUGUAACAAAAAAA